CAAACUGUCACAUGAUUUUCACCUGACAUUUGCUAGCUUCUGCGAAAAAAGUCUAUCGACGCGAAUUCCAAUUUAAAAGGAACAUAUUUACAUCAACCCGUCGAACAGCGUUUAACGAAGCUAGCAAAAUGAAAAUUUGUGGUCCGAAAUGCUCCCUAUGCGGAUUGAUUAUCUCCGUUUGGGGCAUUGUGCAGUUGGUGCUCAUGGGUCUGUUUUUCUACAUACACAGUGUGGCAUUAAUUGAGGAUUUGCCACUCGAGGAGGAGUACAAAACCCUAGAAGAAUUCUAUACAGCAGCGAAUAGUGCAUACAAUCAGAAUGCCUACAACUGCUGGAUUGCGGCAUGCAUUUACGUUUUGACUCUUCUGCUCUCUGCGCAACAGUUCUACAUGAAUAGCAGAGUAACUGCCAACUAAAAUCUGCGCUUCAACUUCAGAAUAAAUGUUGCUUUGCUUGAGUGCGGAGUAACAAUCCAUAAAGAAGAAACAACAACAAAAUGUAACUUGUGUGCAGUCGGCUUUGCUGCUGAUCGCAACUAACCACAAUUAGUAUUGAAAUGUUUUCAAGUUGAAGAAAUUUGUUUAUUUACUGUAUAAUAUCCCCAAAGUUUUUGUUG